GCAGCCAUGGCCAGCACGUUAAGUCCCAGCACCACAGCGGUGACUCCAGAGCAGCCUGCGAUGUCAGAGCGCAUCAGGAAUGCUGCUGACAUCUCUGUCAUUGUCAUCUAUUUUGUGGCGGUGAUGGCAGUUGGGUUGUGGGCCAUGGUGAGGUCCAACCGGAGCACUGUUGGAGGCUUCUUCUUGGCUGGUCGAGAAAUAUCCUGGUGGCCGAUGGGUGCUUCCCUUUUUGCCAGUAACAUCGGCAGCAACCAGUUUGUGGGGAUGGCGGGGACUGGCGCAGCCUCAGGCAUUGCUAUUGCAGCAUUGGAAUGGAAUGCCUUAGUGAUGUUGCUGAUUCUGGGGUGGAUUUUUGUCCCCACAUUCAUCAAGGCAGGGGUGAUGACCAGUCCAGAAUAUCUAAAGAAGCGCUUUGGCGGGAAGAGACUCAAUAUUUACUUCUCUGUCCUGUCCCUCUUCAUCUGUGUGGCUUUGUCAAUCUCAGCUAACAUAUUCUCUGGAGCCAUAUUCAUCAACUUAGCCUUGGGAUUGAACCUUUACCUGGCAGUCUUUAUCCUUUUAGCUAUCACAGCUGUUUACACAAUCACUGGUGAGUCCCCUGUCAUUGUGCAGCGCUGCCUCUCAGGCAAGAACAUGUCUCAUGUGAAGGCCGCCUGUAUCAUGUGUGGGUACCUGAAGCUGCUGCCCAUGUUCCUCAUGGUGAUGCCAGGAAUGAUCAGCCGCAUCCUGUACCCAGAUAUGGUGGCAUGUGUCGUACCUUCUGAGUGUAUGAAACACUGUGGAAUGGAAGUUGGCUGCACUAACUAUGCCUACCCCCUGCUGGUGAUGGAACUGAUGCCUAAUGGACUGCGAGGCCUGAUGCUGUCGGUCAUGUUGGCCUCUCUCAUGAGCUCUCUGACCUCCAUCUUCAACAGCGCCAGCACAGUCUUCACCAUGGACCUCUACACCAAGAUGCGGAAGCAGGCGUCAGAGAAAGAGCUCCUUAUGGCUGGACGGUUAUUUAUUCUUCUAUUAAUUGUCGUCAGCAUUUUGUGGGUCCCGUUGCUUCAGAUAUCUCAGAACGGACAACUCACGAGAUAUACGACAUCGAUUAAUAGCUACCUUGCACCUCCAGUAGGUGCUGUCUACCUACUUGCCAUCUUCUGUAAAAGAGUCAAUGAACAGGGAGCUUUCUGGGGCCUUAUUGUUGGGCUCAUGAUUGGCCUUAUUCGUAUGAUCGCAGAGUUUGCCUAUGGGACAGGGAGUUGCGUGGCUCCUAGUAACUGUCCCACGAUUAUCUGUGGAGUGCACUACUUUUAUUUCAGCAUCAUUCUUUUUUUUGUGACCCUCCUGGUUGUGCUGGGAGUCUCCCUGAUGACUAAACCCAUUCCUGAUGUACACCUUCACCGCCUGUGCUGGGCUCUUCGAAACAGUACAGAGGAACGCAUCAAUUUAGACCCAGAUGAGAAAAGAGAGGAAGAGGAGGAUGAUGGUGUUGAAGAAGAUGAUCUUGAAGACUCUCGUGGGUGUUUCAAGAAGGCAUAUGACUUAUUCUGUGGUCUGCAGAGGAAAGGCCCCAAACUGACCAAGGAGGAGGAGGAAGCCCUGAAGAAGAAGCUGACAGACACCUCUGAGAAGCCCUUGUGGAGAAUGGUGGUGAACAUCAACGCCAUCCUUCUCCUGGCAGUAGGGGUCUUUGUUUAUGGCUACUUUGCUUGA